AAUUGCUGGGUUAGAAGAGUAGGCACAUUUUAAGAUAUCUCAUGCAUACUGACAAAAUGGCACUGCUAAUUUACCCUCCAAGGCUAUUGCCAGUUUUCAAAAAGACCUAAGUAAGUAAAGAAAAUCUGGUACAUUUUAUCUCUGGACUAGGUAACACAGACUCAUCAACUCUAAGCUUUUGGCCAGAAUUACAGCAAUUCCGACCCACCAUGUUAGUUAUUGACACUUGCUGACAGGAAGCUAACUGGCUAUCAGGUUUUGGAUCAGUAUGGAAAGAGAAAGCAAGUUAGUGACUUAAAGCCUAUCAACUUUUCCGGGGGCCAAAAUAUUCAAAACCUGGUGACCCGUGAGGAUUCCUAGUAAUAAAAGCAUUGGGGACAACUGGACCCCGGUGUCUGGCAUGGGCCCAGGACAGAAUCUUAAUUCUACAGGUGGGGCACUGCGACCCUGCCCGUGUCUAAACGCCCAACUCUCCUGACUCAAAGUCCACGCUGCUGCCCCAACUUAGUGCUACUCAAAGGAGGGCCACCCACUUGCCCCAACCUGCCCUGCCCCGAAAGGUGCCGCACACCGGCAGCGCCGCCCUGGCGGUGACCUGAUGCGGUUCAGCUGGCAGCUGCGCAUGCUCCGUCCUGCGCGCAGCCUCUAGGCGCCAGAGGGCGCGCUCCCCUCCAAGGCCCCGCCCCCACGGCCCCGCCCUCUGAGCCGUUGGGAUUUGAAUCUCCGGCGGGCUGCGGCUGGAAGUACCGACCCUCCAGUCCGGCAUGGAAAGCCCGGGCCCCAGCGUACGGUGCCCGGUGCAAGAGCAGCGUGCCCGUUGGGAGCGGAAACGCGCCUGCACUGCCCGGGAGCUGCUGGAGACCGAGCGGCGCUACCAGGAACAGCUGGGGCUGGUGGCCACGUACUUCGUGGGGAUUCUGAGAGCCAAGGGCACCCUGCGACCACCAGAGCGCCAGGCCCUGUUUGGGCCCUGGGAGCUCAUUUACGGCGCCAGCCAAGAGCUGCUUCCCUACCUCGAAGGAGGGCGCUGGGGACAGGGGCUGGAGGGCUUCUGCCCCCACCUGGAGCUCUACACCCAAUUUGCUGCCAACGCUGAGAGGUCCCGGACCACCCUGCAGGAGCAAUUAAAGAAGAACAAACGUUUCCGGAGGUUUGUGCGACUUCAGGAAGGUCGCCCUGAGUUUGGGGGUAUGCAGCUCCAGGACCUGCUCCCUCUGCCUCUGCAGAGGCUCCAGCAGUAUGAGAAUCUUGCCAUUGCUUUGGCUGAAAACACAGGUCCCAACAGCCCUGACCAUGAACAGCUCACAAGGGCUGCCCGGCGGAUAAGUGACACUGCCCAGAGAGUCCACACCAUCAGUCAGAAACAGAAGAAUGACCAGCACCUCCAGCGUGUCCAGGCUCUGCUCAGUGGACGGCAGGCAAAGGGGCUUAUCUCAGGUCGCUGGUUCCUACGCCAGGGUUGGCUGCUGGUGGUGCCUCCCCGAGGGGAGCCUCGGCCCCGAAUGUUCUUCCUCUUCUCUGAUGCACUCCUCAUGGCCAAGCCUCGACCUCCAUUGCAUCUGCUGCAGAGUGGCACCUUUGCUUGCCAGGCCCUCUACCCCAUGGCUGAGUGUCAACUCCACAGGGUCUUUGGCCACUCAGGAGGCCCCUGUGGUGGACUGCUCAGCCUGUCCUUUCCCCACGAGAAGCUACUGCUUAUGUCCACAGACCAGGAGGAGCUGUCGCACUGGUACCGCAGUCUGACUUUGGCCAGCAGCAGCCAGAAGAACUAGAGGAAUCUUACAAAUUCGAGUCCAGGAUACCUCAGAGUCGGGAGUACAAAGGAAUCUUCUUCAGUACUAACAAAACACAGACUCUUCACAGUUUGAGAAGGGUCAUUCUGUGUUUGCGUGAGACCAAGACACGCCAUGUCAUUUGAACAGCUCUUGAGAAUCCGGACACCAAACCUGACCCAACUGAACCUCAGCUGAACCAGCUAUUUUUAUGUUGUAUGUAGUUUCUAUAAUUUAUUUUCCCACAGGAUUUUAGUAAAGUUUUUUCUUUUUUGGAGAA